GUUGACAAACCAAACCAAACCACAGCCGUCGGAAAGAAGGUUCUCGACACUACUCUCUACUCUGAGAUGGCGAGGCGUUUGAUUCCGGCGUUCAAUCGUAUAUUGGUGGAGAAAAUACUUCCUCCGUCCAAAACCAAUGCUGGGAUCCUUCUUCCUGAGAAGACCCCCAAGCUAAAUUCUGGGAAAGUUGUCGCGGUUGGUCCAGGAGCUCGUGACAGAGAUGGGAAACUUAUUCCUGUUAGUUUGAAGGAAGGUGACACUGUUCUUUUGCCUGAGUAUGGAGGCACGGAAGUGAAGCUUGGUGAAAAAGAGUAUCUCUUAUACAGAGAUGAAGAUAUCCUGGGAACUCUUCAUGACUAAUUUGAGAUAUUGCUUGGCAAUUCUUAAUCCUGAUUUUGUAUCAUGGAUAACUUUUAAGUGCUCUUUUCUUGACGGCAUAAACACUCUAUUUUGCAUUGAAGACUACAAUGUAUCUUAACCCUGGUGGUUAUUGGGAACAUGCCAGAAAUUUCAAAAAUCUGUGAUUCAUUACUAAAAUCUUUUGUCCUGCUUUUCAUUUUCAAUUCUAUUUGUGGUUUCUAAAGCUCUAGGGUAAGCACAGUUAAUGUUUUAACCAUAGUUGUUAAGCAAAGGCUACUUUGGCAACCCAAGGAUUGGAUCUACUGGUAAACAGUGUUGUCUUGUAGGUCAAGUUUAGACUAAGUUUAAGAUUCAAGUAUUAGGGCCAACAUUCAAGGAAUUUAAUUUCCUUGAAUGCACCAAGCUGAUAGCCAAACUCUAGUUGAU